UAAUCUUCGAAUUUUCGAAAUCCCUGCUAGGCAUGCAAGUCUGAUUUCACAAACUCCGUGGAGAACGGCAGAGCUCCUAAAACACCCAACCUCUUCUAGGGUUACAGGCGGUGGGCUAGAUGUUCGAUCGUGUCGCCGAUGACGCCAUCAGCCUCGUUCGUCGGCUGGCCAGGAACCUCAAUCGCAAAGUUUCAGACGUCGUCGUCCUUCUCCUCAAUCACAAGAACGCCGGCUCGUUGGGAGCUAUCGCGGGGCUUGCGAUCGCCGUAGUGUUCACAUGGAAGUUUUUGAGGACCCCUCCGGGCCGGGAGCGGCGGCGCUCUCCUAAACGCAGUGCUUUGCCAUCGGAGAACGGCAGCGUGUCCAGCGGAGUUGCUGCCGUGGAUGAGGAUACUUCUACUGUGCCGAAUUUGAGGGAUUCGGAUGUGAUUCAAGAGAACGGCUCUCCUAACGAGCUUCGCCUUGGACAAAUCGUGAGGAAGAGGCUUGGUGGAUGCCGAAAGGUGACUUGCCAGCUACUUGGUGUCAUUUUGGAAGAAAAAAAUCCUGAAGAGCUUCAAAAACAAGCUACGGUGAGGCCUUCUGUGGUCGAAGUGCUUCGAGAAAUCGCCAAAUGUUGUGAUUUUUAUCUAAUGGAGAGAGUACUUGAUGAUGAGUCUGAGGAAAGAGUUCUCUCAGCUUUGGAAAAUAAUGGAUUGUUUGGUUCAGGUGGCUUGACUAGGGACAAGAUACUCUUUUGCAGCACAGAGAAUGGGAGAAUUUCAUUUGUUCGACAAAUAGAAGCAGAUUGGCAUAUCGAUUCAAAUCUUGAUAUAAUCUCUCAACUCACUAGAUUCAUUAGGUGUCAACUCUACAUCUCAUCGGAUGAUGAUCUUGGACAAAUAGCGCCCAAUGUGAUCACUUCCACAAGUUUGGAGCAGUAUCUAUCACAAAUUUAUUGAGCAUUACAUACCCGGGCAUUGUAAUGCAGAUGCAUCAAGGAAUCAUACAUUACCCGGCAUUGCAAACUUCCGGGAGUGCAUGAAGCUCCUCUGUCGUUUUCUUCUCAGUGAUUCCUUUUGUGCAAAUGUUGUUUGAGAUCGACGUAUACAUUGUAAAUAAGAAGCGAGGCCUGCCCUUAUUUUCUGUCUUUUGUCCGCUCGUUUCUAACUUUAAGCACAAAUGGCACCAACUGUUGAUACUUCCGUUAGUGAUCAGAAAAUCUUGUGUGCUUGCAGUAUUGCUCAUGUUUCGUUUAUCUUUUGGCAUUGGCAUUACAAUCUAGAAUCCAUACUUGUGUUUUGUUUUUUGUACUACUUGUACAAGUGAAAUGCGACCUUCUAGAACUUUAUUUUC